CUGUUCUUUGUGUGCCAUGGUUAGUACCAGAUGGAUUGGUGGAGAAGUUCUUUUGGCUGAUUAUGAGCAAGAAAUACUCCUCACAUUGCGAUAUUCGAGAGAUCGAUUAUUGGGGGCUAUUCGUUUUGGAUAUCCAUCUGCAAUGCCAGAUAAUCUGCUGACUUUAACAGCGGGAAGAUUCAGUAUCGCUCUAUGAGUUCCUCCGCAUUCCUUCAUGCCUGCUGAAUCUGAUGUGCUGUUUAAAAUCGAUGAAUGAGUACUAUGGCACCCCUGUUAAGACAGCUUUUCUUCAUGACCCUCAGGGUGGUGGAAACUAGAUAAACAAGGCAAACACCUAUUUAUUCCCACG